AGCUAAAAUUACCAUAAAUUUGCAAACUUUAAAAGCUAAUAACUCUUUAUUUAUUGAUUUAUUGUGAAAAUGAAUUUCAAAGCAGUGAUUAGCAUAUAAAACUAUAUCGUUACACCGAAUAUAAAAUCAAUUCUAGCAGGAAUCGAAGAGAUUGAAAAUUAGCACCCAAACAGAAAAGAUCCCACUCUGCAUAAAAAAGUAAAAUCAAAAAGAAUCGAAAGUGAAAAAUUAUGCCCCCCCCCUAAUUAUUUUUCAUUUUCGUAAUCUAUCUUACUUUUGAACAUACAGAUUAAAUGAAAUGGUUUUGGCGCAUUUGAUAAUUCACGGUAAUUGAUUUAUUUUUAUUAAUGUUUAAAACAACACAAAAAAGAUGUGCAAACAACAUUGCACUGUUUGUUUUAUUGAAUAAAACAACUUUUAUGUUUGAAUAAUACAAAAUCUAUUUUAUAAUUAGGAUUACCAUUUGAUUAAAAGGUCAUAAAGAUUACGAAGAUGGAUCAUCACUAUUCUUCUCAACACAAGUUAUCGCCCCGUUCACACCAAUGCUUCGGUUAUCAGGACUUUAAACGCUUAUUUCACUUUUAACGUCACACAUCGGAACUCACUUAACACCCGUAAAUACAUUGCUGCUUACAAAUAUUCAUCACAUGAAAUUACUUCUCUUGUUAUCAUAGGAUUCUUCGAUCAGCUGAAGAACAACAGACCCUGCUUCAUUAACAAACUAAGGUUAACUAAAAGACAAAAGAAAGAAAAAAGUAAAGGAAGUCACACAACAAAAGAUAUAGGAAAACAGAUACCGCGAACACACUAAGUAGCAAGCUUUUAAAGGAGAAAAAGGUCCUUGAUCAAAAUAGCCCACAAGUUUAGAUAUUAUCAACGAUGCCUCAGUGGAAACAUGCCGUUCGUGUAUUUGGUGCAGUGUCAACUGCAGCCACGGCUGCAGUUAUUUUUGGUACCAACCCAAAUCAAGAAGAUAUGUGGAGCAAUUUGAAAAACGUCUACGCUGCUUGGUCGACACACAAUCCAAGUGUGAAAUGGGACUAUAACUGGGACAGGCGAGAACCAGCGUCGCUGAUUGAACCUCCAAAUUCCAACACAGAUAUGCAAAAAUAUGAAGAAGAACUUAGGAAAAUCCAACCAAAAGCUGUUCGCCACUUAUUUCUUAUACGACAUGGCCAAUAUGUUACGAGACAAACUGAGGACUAUUUAAAUAUUUUAACACCUUUAGGGGAAGAACAAGCAUUUAUGACUGGACGUCGUCUCCAAGAACUUAAAAUUCCCUUUACAAGAAUUGUUUCAUCAACUAUGAUGCGUGCAGACCAAACAGCUAAAAUUGUACACCAAUUCUUUCCUGAAUUGCGCAUGGAAUAUAGUGACCUUCUCCGAGAAGGUAUGCCAAUACCACCUGAACCGGCACGUACAAGCUGGAGACCUGAAUGGAAGUUCUUAGCUGAUGGUCCAAGAAUAGAAGCAGCAUUCCAAGAAUAUUUUCACCGUGCUAAUAUCGAUCAGAAAGACGAUAGUUACGAAAUAUUAGUGUGUCAUGCUAAUGUCAUCCGAUAUUUUGUAUGUCGGGCUUUACAGUUUCCACCAGAAGGUUGGAUGAGAAUGAGACUUUAUCAUGCUAGCAUUACAUGGAUUACAAUUAAACCAGAUGGUAAAGUGUCACUAAAGAUAGUUGGAGAUGCUGGACAUAUACCAGCAAACAAAUUAUCAUUUUCUUAAAAGCAGUGUACUAUAAAAAAAUAAAUUAUUCUUUUAAAGUUUGUACUAA